ACCCACUGAAUCUGGGGCCCAACGUCAGAGAAUUUUCUUUUGUCCCUCCCAUUCCUCCUCCUUCCUCGCGACGUCACCCCUCCCAGGCUUCCACCCUCAUCCCCCGUCUCCGCCCGCCGUCGCAGCGUGCGCCACCCCCUCCCAUCAUCCGCGUGCGUCGCCGCGCCGAGAUCCCUCGUGAAACCAGGCCCAACUCAACUCACUCGCGAACGAGCCGGACGCCAUCCGACCCCGCACGCGCGAUGGCUCACCCGAUGCGCGGCUCCGGGCCGCUCCGAUCCAGGAACGUGGCGACUUCGGACGAGAUCCAGCUCCGGAUCGAUCCGGUUCACGGGGAUCUUGACGAGGAGAUCGACGGGCUCCACUCGAGGGUCCGCCUAUUGAAAGGGGUGGCCCAGGAGAUAAAUUCUGAAGCCAAGUUCCAGAAUGAUUUCCUUAACCAACUGCAAAUGACCCUUGCAAAGGCUCAGGCUGGAGUGAAGAAUAACAUGCGAAGGUUGAACAAGAGUAUCAUCCAACAGGGCUCAAACCAUGUUCUCCAUGUUGUCCUCUUUGCUUUAUUUUGCUUCUUCGUUGUCUAUCUCUUGUCAAAAUUCUCUAGAAGAUAGUUUUAUUGUCAAGUGCCAUCAAAUCUAGGAUACCAUGAGUUGUAUGUAGUAUUAAGAAAACGGUGCCAUUUGUUGUACUUUUAUCUGGUGUUGUAGCCUCUGACUUUGUGUCACGGAACAAACCAGGAAAAGAAAAAAAAAUAGUACCCUUAUAAGAUCACUUCUAACCUCAUCCACUGAUCUGUAUGGCCGAGAAAACUGUUGCACUUGCUAGUCACAUUUAGGCAUUCAGCAGUAUCCAAUCUUGUGUUUUAUACAAUCAAGUUUCUUCC